UUCACAAACAAACAAAAACAUCCGAAACGUCAGUCGCCGCUUAUCUCCUUAGCACCUGAUGACUCGAGGACAAAUCGGUGAUCAUACUAAUUGAACGGAAUAUGCUGUCCACCACUACCAGACCUUUUCGGAUGCUAUGCCAACUUGGUGUAGGGACCGGCAGAAGGGCAUUAUCGACCUUUACCCACCAGGACGGAGUCGGUACGGUGCUGCUGGAUAAUGAAAAAACACGGAACUCGCUCUCGCUCAACAUGAUGAACAGCAUUCUGAGGAACAUCGCAGAGAACCAAAAUAACCCGGAACUCCGAUGCAUCGUGCUAACGGCCAAGGGUCGUGUCUUUUCCGCGGGUCACAAUCUCAAAGAGCUUACGCCGGAACAAGGAUCGGAGGCUCAUUUGCAAGUGUUUCGCAAGUGCUCGGAACUGAUCGAUGCGAUACGUUCAGCACCCAUUCCGAUCAUUGCCAAGGUGGACGGUUUAGCAGCGGCUGCCGGUUGCCAGCUAGUGGCCUCCUGUGAUAUCGCCGUCUGCAGUGAUACUAGCAGCUUCUCUACACCAGGGGCAAGUUUUGGCAUAUUCUGUUCCACACCGGGCGUUGCCGUAGUACGGGCCGUCCCUCGGAUGAAGGCUGCUUACAUGCUGCUAACCGGACUUCCGAUCGAUGCCAAGGAAGCUCUCGAUGCCGGUCUGGUUAGCAAGGUGGUUCCGCAGGAUCGUUUGGAUGACGAAGUGAGCAAAAUCUGCAAUGCGAUCGCCUCCAAGAGUCGGCCAGUCAUCGAGCUUGGUAAACGGUUUUUCUACGAACAGUUGCCGCUGGACGUUAAAACGGCGUACGCUCGUGGAGAGCAGGUAAUGGUCGAUAAUCUGGCCACAAAGGAUGGCUGUGAAGGGAUAAGAAGUUUUGUAGAAAAGCGUAAACCCAAGUGGUCCCACGAAGGCUAGAUCCAAUCUAGUGGGCCAGCUGUAUUUUCCAGUUGCAUUUACAGUCAAUUUUCUAAAGAAAAGUGAUCAAUGGGAGUAUCCCACUAUUUUACCCAACUAUUCAAAGCCUAAAUAAACAGAGAAUCUAGGCUUUUUGUUA